AUGGCGCUCUGGACGUUCGACGAACCGACCCGUACCUGGUAUGGACCUCGCCUGACACCGAUCUACAACCCGGACGCAAGUCUUGGCCAGGUCCUGAACGAUGCGCUGCUCCGGUCCCGGGACAACAUCGCGCAGAUCGAUAUGGAUACCGGCGGGCGAUUGACUUGCGGUGAGUUCCGGUUACGGAUGGUCCGCGCCGUCCAGAACCUUACGUCCGCCGGCCUCAACCCGGGUGACGUCGCCGUGAUGGCGAACAACAACAGCGAGAACGUGGCCCCGCUGGCGUGCGCCUUGAUCACGCUCGGGGCCCAACUAAACCCGCUAGCGCCGGGAUACUCCCGCCAGGAUAUGGUCCACAUGAUGCGCCUGACGCGCCCUAAGAUUAUCUUCUGUGACGACGACAACCUGGAGUUGGUGCAGGCCGCGGCGAAGGAAGCGAUCCCGGGCCGUGACCCGCCACUGUACGCCGUCGCGAGCAGGCGUGACGUCGCAGGCGUGCACCACGCGGAAGAUCUCCUGGUUCGCACCGGACGCGAGGAGCAGUUCCGACCGUGGCAGGUGGAGGACUCCCGGCGGACCACCGCCGUCAUCCUGUGCUCGUCCGGGACGACGGGCCCGCCGAAGGGCGUCUGUAUGUCGCACGCUCACCUUAUCCGCUCCCUGGGCAGCAUCUUUGUGACGCAGUCGGAGAUCUCGUUCAACUUCAGCCCACUGUACUGGGGAUCGGGAAUGUUCUCAUUGCUUGGGGCGAUCGCAGGAUCUAGCACGCGCCUUGUGACAUGCCGUCCGUUCUCGCCGGAGACGUUGUUUGAGGCGGUCGAGCAAUACCGUGCGUCCUUCCUAUUCCUGGCGCCAUCGUACGCGAGUGAGGUCUUGCAGAGCGAGCGCAUCGAGCGGGUGAACUUUUCGAGCGUGCGCAUCCUGAUGCUCGCCGGAAGUUACGUGUCGGACGGGCUGCGCGAUCGGUUCGAUCGGUUGCUGUCAAACGGACGGACCUUCAACGCGGUCGGUUCGACCGAGGCCGGUGGGGUGGCUACUGACGCCAUGGUCCCGCGAAAGCGCGGCGCAGUCGGUACACCGACGGCCAACGUGGAACUCCGGAUCGUGGACGAGUCUGGCCGGGCGCUGGGCGUCGGUGAGCGCGGUGAGGUGCUGGCGAAGUCCUUCGAGCCCUUCGUCGGGUACUACAACAAUCCGGAGGCAACGAGGGCCGUCAUCGACGAGAAUGGGUUUACGCGGUCCGGUGACGUGGCGUACAUCGAUGCGGAAGGCUAUGUGUUUGUGGUCGAUCGCGCGAAGGAUAUCUUCAAGUACCGCGGGUUCCACGUGUCCCCAACGGAGCUGGAGGCGAUCGUGGACAAGCUGCCGGGUGUCGCGCAGGUGUGCGUCGUCGGUGUACCGGCGGACGCCGACCGAACGACGGAACUGCCGGCGGCUGUCAUCGUAAGGAGUCCCGGCUCGGUUCUCAGUGCACAGGACGUGAUCGAUGCGGUCGAGGUGCAAGUGUCGGACUUUAAGCGGCUACGCGGUGGAGUCCAUUUCGUCGAUGCGCUACCGAAAACUCUGAACGGGAAGGUGCUGCGCCGACAUGUGCUGGAACUGAUCCAGAGCCAGGGACAGAAAAGCUAA